UCACGCGGCCGCCCCCCUCCUCACCAUGACAACAACGGAUUUUUAGCAUCGUCAGAGGACACACCGUUAGCUCAUGGCUCCGAGGCCAAUGUUGUGUUAAACAGCGGGUUUAACAUUAGAACAACGGAGAAAGAGCUCAUGUAGGAAGGUUUUAUUUGCUCUGUGGACCCUCAUGCGUCGGACACCAGCCGGAGGCAGAGGGAGAGGCCGUCUUACUGCGUGAACAACAUGGCUCUUCCGACUCAGCAUCCCUGGCUGCUGCUGCUGCUCGCUUGUGCUGUGCUGCUGGCCGCAGCCCGACAUGUCGACGCUCGCUCGUUGCCGAUAUCAGACCUCAAAUCCAAAAUAUCAGGGGUGGAGGAGCUGCUGGAGGAAUUCCGCAAGCAGCUCCAGCAGGACCAGGCGUACAAGGUGGGCGACGUGAUCGACUCGUGCGUGGGCGACUUCAACGCCGUCGGGGAGCGCAUCAUCAAGGCCAGAGCCUCCAUCGAGCAGGGGGCCACCUUCCUGUUGGCCCCGGGGAGUGUGUACACCUGGAAGGACUGCCUGCACGCCUGCUGCUCCCAGCCUCACUGCACCGUGGCGGUGGUCCAGGAGGACCCGAGGCAGCCCGGGGAGAGCCUCAGCUGCUACCUGUUCAACUGCACCUAUAGGAACAAAAAUGUCUGCUCCUUCGCCCCGCAGGAAGGCUUCAGUACGUACAGCCGGACCGCCAACACAACGCAGGGACACCUCCCUGUUUCACCCGGAGGCUCAGCCCGGAGGCCCGGGGAAGGACAUCCUGAGGAGGAUGAUACACAAGAUGUGGAUGAGCCUCCUCGCAGUGACGCUGGACAGGAUGUGGUGAUCCAGCUGCCCACAGACUGGGCUGUCCUGGAUGGACGGGACAGUGUGGACGACCACGGCAUCAACCACUAUGAAUGGACACUCGUCAGAGGGGACACAGCCAUUAACAUGAAAGCAACUCAUCCAGGGCUGCUGAAGAUCAGCGGUCUCCAGGAGGGUAUCUACACUUUCCAGAUGACUGUCACUGACACAGCAGGCCAGAAGAGCUCUGACAAUGUCUCCGUCACAGUGCUGGCACCAAAACACCAAGCAGAAGUGUGUACUGGUCACUGUUCAAACUACCAGUUCAAGUGUGAUGACGGUUGCUGUAUUGACAUCACAUAUGCCUGUGAUGGGAAGCAGCACUGUCCAGACCGCUCUGAUGAAGACUUCUGCCCAAACUUUGACAGCAGCAGGAAGUCAGUGACCCACCCUGCCAAUCCAUCAAGCCCUCAUCAGUCUGUAGCUCAGACAGAGGCCGGGGACGACUCUAUGACCGGGCCCAGAAAGACCGUAGAGACCAUCGUACCACCUCAGGACAGAAGCAAAGCCACUGCUCCACAAAGUCCCAGUCAACAAGAGGCUCCAGGCAGUCAGGACCCAUGUGCUUCAGCUCCUGUUGUUGGACCCUGCAAAGGCACAUUCCCACGCUGGUACUAUGACCAAAAUGCAGGAGAAUGCAAACACUUCCUGUAUGGCGGUUGCCAGGGAAACCAUAACAACUUCCUGCAGCAGUCGGACUGUGUCAGUGAAUGUAUACAAAAAAGUCCAGCUUUCAAACCAGCAACCGUGGCUCCUCCGAUCACCAAACAGACUGAGAUUGCUGCCCCUAAAGUCUCCCAGAGCCAACCACAGAGUGACAUCCCCAUCUCCAAACCAUUUGCAGUAAUGGGAGGACAUCCAGGACCAGAGUCAGGUGCAAUCCUCCCGCUGGCUCUGGGCCUCAUCAUCACCGCUCUGCUGCUGCUCAUGAUCGGCUGUCGUCUCAAACUCGUUCGUCACAAGCUGAAGAAAACCCGACCCCUCACCACAGAGGAGUCAGAUUACCUCAUCAAUGGCAUGUACCUGUAGCCAAUCAGCUGCGGGCAGCAAAUACAAGCGUUUCGGGAUCUGAGAAAGAGAACCGUGGGAAGCCUGAGCCAGGCCUUUUUGAAUUUUCAGAUUUGUCCUCACUUCAGGUUGGAAACAUCCCAACGCUCUGCUGUCAUGAACGUUUCUGAACACACUGAUGAACGCGUCUGACGGGUAAAUCUGCUGUUGAUUGAUGCUGCCUUCAAAGCCAUUGACACAUAUUCAGAUGCUUGUGAAUUCAUAUUUAUGUUGUCCUAAGAAAAUAUGAUUGUAAAUCCAUGAUGAAAGAGUAAACAUUCCUAGUACGAAACUGAUACAUAGUUGUCUGUAUUCCCAAAAUGACUUCUAGGAUACAUAUGGUAAAAGACGUGUUGUUAAAAUGAAUUUGAUCCUCAAUUACUGGUUACUUUGACGUUAAAGAGGUGCUGCACACAGAGAUGCUGUAUUUCUGCCACUGGGUGACACUAAUGUGCCAUAUUUCUGCUGUACAUUUUGCCUGAGUUAACUUGCCUGAGGGCAGAAAUGUGACACAUUGUAGUGCUUGUCUAGCACGUUUUGACAGAUUAGGAAUUGACAAAUUCUUCCCAAAGUUUCUCAGAAUCUUAUGAAGCCAUAACAAAUUGUAUAGUUAAAAUUCUAUUCCUGUCAAAGGUUUGUUGCAUAUUUUUCUUUACUAAGCAAUCUUGUGUAGAGUAUGUGCUACAUCUGCGCAGAUGUAUUCCUUCAAAGUGCUGUCUUUCAUGUGAGAUAUUAAAGUUUAUUAUAUAUCAAAAACA